CUUGUCUCUUCCUCUCUCCUCCUCUGCCUCAGUCGCUCUCUUCCAGCUGAGGGUGGAGGCUGAUGGCCGAUUCAAUGGAGAGGAUGGAGAAAACGGGGAAUUAGUAGUUCUUCUCUUGUUUUCACAACGCGACUGGGUACUAGCACUAUAUCUUUAGAAAACUGAUUUGAAUGGGAACCAAAGCCCUAAAAUGACCCGGGGAGAGAACGCUGAUUUGCUGCAGAAGGCGUAAAUCAUCCAAGACCCCCAUGGAGCAGGAUGUUGAGAGCCCAGCCAUCAUUAGACAGCCCAGGUUGCCCAAACAGGCUCGUGAGGAUUUGCCUAAACAGCUGGCAGAAAUAGAUAGGGCAAAGAGGAUCCAGCGGUAUGUCCAGAAAGACGGGAAGUGCAAUGUCCAUCAUGGAAAUGUUCGCGAGACGUAUCGUUAUCUGACAGACAUUUUCACCACACUAGUGGAUCUCAAAUGGAGGUUCAAUCUCUUCAUCUUUGUUUUGGUUUACACAGUUACAUGGCUCUUUUUUGGCUUCAUGUGGUGGCUAAUCGCUUACCUCCGAGGUGAUCUGGACCAUAUAGCGGACAACCAGUGGACUCCCUGUGUCAAUAAUCUAAAUGGGUUCGUAUCUGCCUUUCUGUUCUCCAUUGAGACAGAAACCACCAUUGGUUAUGGAUAUCGGGUAAUCACGGACAAAUGUCCAGAGGGAAUAGUUCUGCUUUUAGUUCAGUCAGUGCUGGGAUCAAUCGUGAAUGCCUUUAUGGUGGGUUGCAUGUUUGUUAAGAUCUCGCAGCCAAAGAAGCGAGCUGAAACACUAGUGUUUUCCACCAAUGCGGUCAUCUCAAUGAGAGAUGGUCGACUGUGCCUGAUGUUUCGUGUUGGAGACCUCAGAAACUCGCACAUCGUCGAGGCCUCAAUCCGAGCCAAGCUAAUCAAGUCAAAGCAGACAAAGGAAGGUGAAUUCAUCCCUCUGAACCAGACAGACAUCAAUGUGGGUUAUAACACAGGAGAUGACAGGCUCUUCCUAGUGUCACCGCUCAUUAUUUGUCAUGAGAUCAAUCAGAACAGCCCCUUCUGGGAGAUCUCGCAAGCCCACCUGGCCAAGGAAGAAGUGGAGAUUGUGGUCAUCCUGGAGGGCAUGGUGGAGGCCACAGGCAUGACAUGCCAGGCGAGGAGUUCAUACGUGAGCAGUGAGAUCAAGUGGGGCUACCGCUUCACACCAGUCCUGACAUUGGAGGAUGGUUUCUAUGAGGUGGAUUAUAAUAGCUUCCACAAUAUCUAUGAGACUAACACACCCACCUGCAGUGCCAAAGAGCUGGCUGACAUGACCAGCCGGGCUCGCUUGCCCCUUACGUGGUCACUGGCUAGUAAGCUGAGCCAACAAGGUCUACCAGAGUCUCAGCAGGAAAUUCAGGAGACCACGACCAGCAUGGACAACGAGGAGAAGAGCCAGCAGACUGAACGCAAUGGAGACAUCGCCAAAAUAGAAAGUGAAUCCAAAGUGUAGCCAAUUCAAUACAGAAAAGGAAGGCAGAGGGUUGGAGACGUACGAAUGCAUGGCUCCCAUUGUUGAAUGUCUACACAAGCUUAGAGAGCACAAGUCAGAUGUUGAGGUAUGAAAUGAGGACCCAUGUGCACCGUUAACCUAGUAUAUCUGCACCAACAAUCACCUGUUCUCAGCGAAUCAGCCCCUCCCCCUCGUCACCCCCACAAAAAGAGCAACUCAGACAUGUGGCCAACCGCUGAACUGGAAAACACUGCGGCAAGUGCAUGUUUCAAAUAUAAUGUGAUGUCCUCCUGAUGAGAUUCCUAUUAUUUUUGUUAUUCAAAUAUUCCAACGGGCAUUUACAUAAGUAUUUUUGUAUAUACUAUACAAUGUUUUGAAAUCUUUGUUUUGUUUGCGGUGUGAAUAUUUGACAGAUGUUUGAUACAGAUUCAUUUAGGUUAGUUCUGUAUAUACUCUCUGCCUUACUGUAUGUAUAAAGCUUACAUUUAUUGUUUUUUUCAGAAAUAUAUAAGCAUGUAUACGAUAAUCUGCAGCUGAUUUAUCUUGUAUUGUGUAUAUACUGUAUAAUGAUAGUGGUAUUAGCAGAACAUGACUCACAAUGGAUGCAAAUUCUAGUUCAAACCAAUGCCAAAUUCUUCCCCACGAUAAAUCUUUGCAGUAUAAUAUUACAUGUCUACAAUACAGUUCUUUGAGAAGCCAUGACUCAGUGUCUGCAGCUGAGUGACUUCAGUGAAUGGCCCUUUAAAACUGCAUUUUGUUAGUUUUGCACUUUGGAGGCCUCUGAUGGUGAAAGUUGCUAUAUCAGUCUCCAGAAAUUCUACAAAUGUCAUCUGUUAUCAAAAAUAAACAAUAAAUUACAUAUGCACAUGA